CUCCCCGGCACAUGCAGAGCGCACAUGUAGCGUGGCUUUACUGAACACAUACCACGGCCGAAUAAGCGCAUCAAACUCCCCUCAGCGCAAGAUCCCCGCCAAUGAGAAUGCACAAAAGCGUAUAGGGGAAAGAGAGGGAGAGAAUGGACUCCGCGAGAUACAAAGAGUGAGCCAAAUCCCACGCAAAAAAGACACAACACAAGUUGAGCGAACGCAAAGGCGGUCACAUUUCCUAUACUCACCUGCAAACGUGUUUGAUGUGGGUGUUUGUAUCAGUGGGUGUGCGUAUCAGUGGGUGUGCGUAUCAGUGGGUGUGAAUGUUUUGCCUGACACCCCGUUCACGGACCUGCUGACUCUACUUUCUUGGAAUUCAUAAGAAUCAUUUAGCCUAAUCUCCGCUCGUGCUACAUCACAUCCUCUCCAGCCGGGGCGCAGUAUCCAGAGCUCAGAAGGCAUCCAGAGUUUUACUCCGGUCUAGUCACAUUCACGGACGUCUAUCUUCAAGACUGUUUACAGCCGUCGACAUCAACAAGAGAAAUGGAUAACAGCCCUGGAGGUGGAGUUAUCCUGUAUGCAGGCUCAUCUGGCAGUGCCAGCCCCAGCCCCGGCAGCCCCUCCAGCGGGUACCAGACACAGUCACCGUCUUCACACUCCCAGCCCUCAUCUCCAGAGGAGGUUACGUUCACAGAGAUUGGGGCGCUGAAACAGAGGGCAGGUGGGUGCAACACCCCAUCCUCCAAACUGGUGUUCCAGUUCCCCGAGGUCUACAGUGGCCCCUCGGCAGCAGCCACUCCACAGCAUACCUAUGCGCAUCCCAUCGCGGGAAAGAGGCCAUGCGGGUUCACAGGAACUUUCACAAAGACAGGUGGAAUGGUCCUGCUUUGCAAAGUCUGCGGGGACAUCGCAUCUGGUUUCCACUAUGGCGUGCAUGCAUGUGAGGGUUGCAAGGGUUUUUUCCGUCGCAGCAUCCAGCAGAACAUCAACUACAAGAUGUGUGUGAAGAACGAAAACUGUCUGAUCAUGCGCAUGAACCGCAACCGGUGCCAGCACUGCCGCUUCAAGAAAUGCCUCUCUGUUGGCAUGUCAAGAGAUGCUGUGCGUUUCGGCCGCAUCCCUAAGAGAGAGAAGCAGCGACUUCUGGAUGAGAUGCAGAGCUACAUGAACAGCCUAAAUGAGUCAGCUGCCAUGGACAUGGACUCGUCUUCAGUGAGGGACGCUUCCUCCAGCCCAGAUGAUGGCAACUCGAAAGAGGCCAUUGGGGCCAUCUCCAGAGCCUACCGCGACAUCUUCACCAGCCGCAGAAGCAGCAGCCAGGAGAGAGCAGCCAAGAGGGCUAACAUUAUCACCACCAACAACAACACAUCUCCCUUUUCUCAGGAUGCCAGUUUUCCCCAAGCCUCCUCUCACCCCGCCCCUGCCCAGAGUUACCAGUCUUGCCCUGUUGCUUCUGCCACUCGAUGCCCAGUUGCCCCUAACGACAACCCACAUACAUUCCACAAUGUGGACAACAAUCGCUAUACCUACUUAGUGUCAGCUAAUCAGAAUAACAAUCACUCAACAAGUACAACACCUCAAAGGAGUAGCUCUGACAAUCACAACAGUUUUCACAAUGCAGGAAGUACCCAAAAUCAGCCCUCCUGCCCGUGGAAAUUAGCUCCAGGAGCUAAAGUGCUGGCAUGUCCUCUAAAUGCGUGGCCUGUAUCAGGGGCAGAGCGCACGAGUCAGGAGAUAUGGGAAUCCUUCUCUCAGUGUUUCACUCCUGCUGUCAGGGAGGUGGUAGAGUUUGCCAAGGGCAUCCCAGGUUUUCAAGAGCUUAGCCAACAAGACCAGGUCAUGCUGCUCAAAUCAGGCACCUUCCAGGUUUUGAUGGUGAGGUUCUGCACCUUGUUCAAUGCCGAGGAGCGUACAGUGACCUUCCUGAAUGGCCAAACAUACCCCCUGUCCACCCUGCAUGCGUUGGGCAUGGGCCCUCUGCUGGAUGCAAUGUUUGACUUCAGUGAGAAGUUGGGCUCCCUGGGGCUAGAGCCUGAUGAAAUGGCCCUCUUUAUGGCUGUUGUGCUGGUCUCUGCAGACCGUUCUGGCAUCUUGGACAUGCGGGCUGUGGAGCAGCUACAGGAGGGUCUGAUCCGUGCCCUGCGGUCACUGAUCACUCGCCGUCGCCCAGAUGACACCGCCCUCUUCCCCAAACUCCUCCUGCGCCUGCCAGACCUGCGCACCCUCAACAAUCUGCACUCUGACAAACUGUUGGCCUUCCGCAUCAACCCUUGAGCAGGCUGCUUGUUCACAGUGCACACAGACAAAAAAAAACUGUUUUACACAAAAAGAGACAGUACACCACACACGCAUAAACACAAACACACGCACAGAUAUUAUCUUCCAAGGGCAGGACUUCCUUGAAAAUUGUGGAACAAGGAAUUGUGCAAUCUGAGGAUCGUUUUUCAAAAGGAUGAAUGAGGGAAGUAGCGAACUCAUUUUUGAUUCGUUAUCGAUCUUCAUGCAAUGUUUUAGGACAUACAAACACACACAUGUAAACUCAUGUAAACACAUAAACCUCAACACCUCUUGAGAGACAUUGUCCCAGUAAAAAAAUAAAUGAUCAUGUAGAGUUACUAUUACCCUUAUGGACAAAUCAUUUGUGCACUUGCUCAUUAUAUCCAAAAAAACAGUUCACUUCUGUUUAUUCCUUAAAUCGUACGUUAUCAACAGGCCAUCACCAAGCAGCAGCUGAAAGAUGGAUAUUGUAGAUCCAAACAGUUAUUACUUAGGGACCAUUAGUGUUGAUUGACUACAUGUCAGUUUGUGUUUAAGACAAAGGGAAUCUGUAUAUAAUACCUAGUAAAAUCUGAUAUAUUAAGGUAAUUGUGUAACUGUUUCACAAACAUACCAUCUGCAUUAGUACUGGAAUGAGACCACUAUUUUAAUGUGUCACUUGCACACAAUAGGAUGCAUUCUGUCUCUUACUAUUUGAUUGAUCUUCCAGAAAACAUUUAGCACACCUCGGGUUUAGAUAUGCCAACUUCAGUCCAAGGGCAUUUUAUAUUAUUUCACAAAAACUAGUGUCUGCAUCACUAUAUCGUGUCACAUCUGGACUGAUGGAAACACUCCAUUGCAUGUUGGGUUUUGGAGUUCCUUUGUUUAUUUUUGUUGCUGUAAAUAUUAUGUUACCACAAUGUUUUUGUAUCAAUGACUGAACUGAUGUGAUGGCUUGUACAGAUGAGUUUGGUGUAAAGAAGAAUGUAUUGAUCUUCCAAUACUAGGAGGUGCCACGGGGGCUUUGCACAGGAGAAUAUGUAAAAGGGAUUCUCAGACGUCUUAGACGCACUUCCUGCUAUCAGAUUAUGUAACCAACCAGCAUAAUCCCAGAAAUCACCAGCACUCACUCAACAUGCACCCUUCCUCUGCCGCCAAUGUUUGUCAUACAAACACAAAAGAUAUUUUGGGGUGAGAGAUCUAAUUUAAUUGGUCCUCUCACUGUUUGCUUGUUUGAUUGUGGCUGAUUGAGGACAUCUUGUACAUUUUGUAAAUCUUUCUUCCUAAAUAUAAAUGAUAUAAUGAUAUAAAGUUCAAAUGAUGUAUUACUCUA